AUGUCACAGGUAGAGACCAUAGACGAAUUUCGAAAUGAACGGUUCCACCUACCUACCCAAGAAAGACUCACAGCUGUUGCAGCUGCCUCUGCUAUAGUAGGAGCAGGAGCAGGCUUCUACGAAGGCAUUAAGCUAUCCUCAUUGAGGUUCCUUACAGAGAAUGGUCAUAGACUUCCUACCACAGUGGGAGGCUGGUACUUCUAUCAUAAGAAAAAGAACUAUGUUAUGAUUAUUAGCGGCUGUAAAGAAGCAGCCAAGGUUGCAUUUAGGUACUCUGCUGGAGUAUCGUCUUUCUUUGGCCUAGAAGCAGGGCUAGACUAUGCUAGAGGCACUAAGGACUUUCUUAGUAGUGCAGCAGCUGCUACUAUCGUUGCAUGGUCUUUUGGAGCAUACAAGCACAUGAGUCCCGUGCAGAGAAUGAACUACACGCAAUGA